AUGGCGCUGGCGAGACACCUGGUGAGGGCAAAUUACUCGUACCGCGCUGGCAUUCUGGACAGGGCUAUGUUCACCGGCUCGGAGCUUCAAGGCAGGACGCUCGCUUUUGUCGGACUCGGCGAAGUUGCUAAGGGAGUUGCGGCUCGCAUGAAAUCAUUUGGCAUGAGGGUAAUUGGCUUCGAAGAGUCUUUUAAAGCAGCAGAGUACAAGGAAUGCGGCGUAAUCAAGACGAGUUACGAUGAGAUGUGGCCACAAGCCGACUACAUUGUUCUUUACACAUCUCCGUUUGAUUCGAACAUUUGCCCUUUCAUUACCUCCGAUAUUCUGAAAGCAUGUAAGAGAGGCGUGAAAAUAUUAGUUUUGGGACACAUCGGUGUGUUUCAACCUCGUGAUAUGUACGAAGGUCUCAGGUCGGGACAGAUCGGCGGAGCAGCAUUUGAUUUGUACGAAGAAUAUAUUGAUAUGGACUUCUUAAGAUAUCCUAUAUUUCAACAUUCAUCUGUUAUAUGCACAAUGCAUCUCGCUGUGGAAACCCAAGAAGCUAUUGAGCGUGGUGGUCAAGAAGUGGCGGAGCAGAUUGUUAACAUGUGCAAACCAAAUACUUAUAACACGCCGAUUUCCUCUCUAAUCAACUAA